UUGGUUGAGUGACGCUCGGCUUUCCAUUUCCCCCUGGCUCCCUCCUCUUGACCUUCUGUGAGAACAGCGCGGUGACCGGUGGUGAGGGCUCAGGUGUAACCAUGGUGGCGUACUGGAGACAAGCCGGCCUCAGCUAUAUUCGCUACUCUCAGAUCUGCGCCCAGGCUGUGAGGGCGGCACUGAAACCCCCGUUCAAGGCAGAAGCAGACAAGUUAGCGACUGCCAAUGUGAAGCUCGCCAAACCGAAGAAAGAAUUAUAGGUAAGC